AUGGGAUUCACGUCGAUUCUGGUGGCAACCUUGGCUUGUAUCGCGUACACGCGUGGAAAGGUAAUAUAUGUCGACCCCAAAUCAUUUGCCGUUUUUGGUGUCAACAGCACGGCGUUCCGCAUCGAUGCUUUCUCGGGGGGCUUCAACCCUACUUCCACUACUCCUCCGUUUUUCCAAGUGUUCGACACGGCAUUUUUGAACUUGCUUGGUCCGGACGCGCGGAUCGCCCAGAUUGCGGCAAAUGCAACGUACGCUUUCGCUCACGAAGCGCCCGUUUAUGUACCAGAAACAGACGAAGUCUUUUUCGCGAGUAACGCCGGCGGCGCGCUGGGCAUGAGCGGCCUGGACAAAAAUAACGUCGUCUUUAAAAUAAGUUUGCGUGAGGCGGAGGCUGCCCUUGCAUCUGCUACGAAUGCUAGUGAGGGAGUGAACGUGCCUAUUACUGCGCUCGAUUUGGCGGAGGAGAUCCAGAUGACGAAUGGAGGGACAGGUCCCUAUCGAUCCUCCUUCAUUCUCGUCAACUCCGGACGCGGGCCUCGCCCCCCUUCGAUUGCGCUCGUGAACCCGAAAGCGCCGUAUAACAGCACGGUCAUUUUGGACAACUUCUAUGGUCGGCAGUUCAAUUCGCUGAACGACCUCAAAGUACACCCCAAGAAUGGACAGAUCUACUUCACGGAUCCCGACUACGGAUAUAUGAACCGCUUCCGUCCACUGCCCUUGCUCCCGAAUCAACUUUACGCAUUCGACCCACAAACUAGCACCGUACGCGUCAUCGCAGACCAGUUUGAGAAGUGCAACGGUAUCGCAUUCGACGCGGACGGCAAGAUUGCUUAUGUAUCGGACACGGGAGCAGCAAUAGGCUUCCUUGGGUUUAAUCAGACGCUGCCGAGCACGAUCUAUGCCUACGACGUCGAUCCCUUGAAGGGCACGUUUGGGAACAGGCGGGUAUUCGCUUACUCGGACGCCGGCAUACCAGACGGCAUUCAGGUUGAUAUUUUUGGCAAUGUCUUUUCAGGGUGUGGGGACGGCGUUCAUGUGUGGGACAAUAAGGGUACAUUGCUUGGAAAACUUUUCUUCAACACAACCACUGCCAACAUGGUUUUUGCAGGACCAGGCAGAAUGGUCGUUCUUGCCGAAACCAAGGUUUUUCUUGUUCACUUUGCGGCCCGGGGCAUCGAGCUCGGUGGGCCACGAGGCAAGAACCCAUACUAGCUUACAAUAGGGUUGAUGUUAUCCAGAGACUCAAUCUAUUUCUCUUUGAUCUGGCCGGCUCAUGUGAUUACAAACACCUCACGAUGCUCAGAUUUGAACAUAGUG